UUCGAUGCUGGAGAAUACAUGAAUAAAGAGAAUUCGACAUUUUUGCAAAGUUUAGCCACCCAUUUGGAAGAUCAGAAUGAACUUUCACUCAUAGUUAAGGACCAGCUGAUGAAUACCGAACAAUUCCAGAACCAUACUAUGUUAUUCGGAAAGGGCAAAAAUGGAAGAUUAGAUGUAACUAAAUUGAACCAAGCUUUGGAUGAUUUGUUAGUCAAGAAAAAGGACUUAUAUCACGUGAUGGCUUCCCAGCAAACUAAGCGGGAUGAGAUAUCGAAAGCGAUGGAAGCGUUGCGAGCUAAACUGCUCAAGAGUCAGGAGAGAUGGACAUUUUUACAAGCAAAAAUAGGGUCCUUUAAAGCUAGAGUCACAGUUGUUUUCCGAAAGAUCGAAUUCUUUGGCCCCUCCACUGAUGAUAAGGAUACUGUUAUCAACACGCACGAGAUCAAAAGAACGCUCCAACAACUGUCCUACAAAAUGAAUUACCUGUUAUUUCCUUUAGUCAAUAAAUUGCAGGACAUGGACGUUAAGCUCGAAAUGGCGAACCUGCAACUGGGAUUGGCUUGCAACAAACAGGAAAAGGGAAACGAGAAAAAGGAUACGACUAAAAUGUCUAAAAAUGUCGGAUCCGCCUAUUCCCCCCAAAACGUAGAAAUAUUUCGAGGAAUGGUCGAGGAACAAAACGAACGUAUCAAUGCCCUCUUGAACAGAAUGCGCAAAUUGGGCACGUGACACGAGGUUAUAUCGUAAA